CCAGCCCCCCAGUCAUGCCCAUGCUCGUGCUGUGCCUGCUGUGCGCCCUGGCGAUGGUGGCCCAGCCUGCCCUGGUGGCCCCCAUGAGCGGCUCGGAGCCGGCACAGCAGGAGGAGUUGACCCUGCUCUUUCACGGGGCCCUGCAGCUGAGCCAGGCUCUCAACGGCGUGUACAGGGCCACGGAGGCACAGCUGACAGAGGCCGGGCACAGCCUGAGCCUCUAUGGCCAGGCACUGGGGCUCCUGGGGCAGGAGGUCAGCCAGGGCCAGGAUGCAGCCCAGGAGCUACGUGCGAGCCUACUGGAGAUGCAGAUGGAAGAGGAUGGUCUCAAGCUGCAGGCAGAAGCCACAGCCCAGGCGCUGGGGGAAGUGGCCCAAGGACAGCAAGUGCUGUGGAAGAAAAUGAAACGGAUGGAAGUCCAGCUGAGAGGCGCUUGGCUGGGUCAUGCCCGCCAAGAAUUUGAGGCCUUAAAGGUCCAUGCAGACAAGCAGAGCCACAUCAUGUGGGCCCUCGUGGGCCACGUGCAGCGACAGAGGCAGGAGAUGAUGGCACAGCAGCAGCGGCUGAGACAGAUUCAGGAGAGACUCCACACGGCGGCGCUCCCAGCCUGAGCCUGUCUGGGUGGAACUGAGGACCAGUCAUGCACGGAGGGAUGCUGCCAUGCCCCAUGCGGCCCCUGCACAGGGAGGAGCUGCCUGUCUGCUGAGGUCGGCCAGGGCGCUGGGCCCCAUUUCCGGCCAUGGAGCAGAGACGGAAGCAGGCAGGGACGCAGGCAGAGGACACGGACCGUCGAGGAGGGGUGGAGGAAGGACACGCCCCUUCAUUCCUAUCCAUCCCCCAUUAAAGCAGAGCAGUGGCAUCUCA